UGGUAUCUACCAAGGCCCUAGAAUUAGGGUGCUUAUUACCUUGACAAGCAGGUACAGCACGGCAACAGCACGGCGUGUCGCUGGUUGUCGCCCGCAGCGCAGGUUCUGUUGACAAACCCUCAAUGUCUACCAAGUCUAGCAACCAGGGACAGCACUACCCAGCCAAGGGCUCUGAGCCUGCUGCAACCAGUGCUACCAUGGGUAACCACCAUUACGAAGAGCUCUCCUUCUACCACGGGGCUGCCAAGCUGGCCCUGAAUGCAGCUCUCAGUCCAUUGGACAAUGCCAAAGUUCUCAUGCAGAUCGGUUUUGAGCCGUUGCCACCGAGACCGACGAAGACGUUGUUUGGUCGCCCAGCGCUGGGCUUACCCAACGUCUUCACCUACAUGUCGUACAUGAGGAAGCGCGACGGCUUUUGGGGCCUGUACCGGGGCUGCACGGCGCGCAUGGCCUGCCAGGUCGUGUCCGGCGUGACCUUCCACCAGGUCACCAGCCGGAUCACAUUCCAGCGGUGUAGCCACAGGAGGAAGACCGGCUGCGACGGCAAGCGCGAGGAGGACCUGAACGAGGAGGAGCUGCGCAAGCUGUUCAUGAUGGCGACGCUGCGCGACCUGGGCGGCCGCCUUGCCUGCAUCAUCAUCACUCAGCCGCUGUUUGUCGUGAAGACGCGCACCGUCGCGCAGUUCGUCGGUCAGGAGGUCGAGCACAGCGGGGUGCUGGCCUCGCUGCGCGCCAUCUACAACGAGAACGGCGUGCUGGGCUACUUCUCCGGCCUGAUGCCGCGCCUGCUGGGCGACCUGCUGUCGGCGCUGCUCGUGGCCUCGCUCACUUACGUCGUGAACAACUACGUGGUCGAGGACCGCGAGUUCAAGGCCUACACGGCCUCGUUCAUGGCGUACAUCGGCUCGGCGCUGACUUACCCGUUCCACGUGGUGGCCGCCUGCUCGGCCGUCUCCGGCUCCGG